AUGACACACAUCCUAAACUACGCAUUGGACUGGAUGUUUGAAGAGAGACUCUGUAAAUACGGUAGUAGAAUGUCAGUCAAUGCAUUAUACAGAAUAUUCAAUGCGCAUGAUAUUAGGGUCAAUGAACUAAAUCCAGUGAAGGCAGGCCACUGCAUUUCAGAAGGAUCGAAGGCAAUGGCAAAAGUGGCAAGAAACAUCCUGAAUGACAUUCCAUCAAAGGCGGUGCACCUGAUCUGCGACUGUACCGUGAUCUACUUUGCAGACCAAUCAGGGAACAAGGUCUGUUUUAUUACGUUUCUGAUUGGAUCGGCAUUGCUUACGCUAUUUAAGAUCUAUAUGAUAUACAGGAGUAUGAAAUACGUCAGAAAGAUAUCACUAGCAGCAGUAGAAAGAGACAAGCUGUUUCAGGAGGCACUAGAUAGGGCUGAUAUUGUAAAGGGGUAUUGUGUAGAACGAGAAUUCAUCAAAAGAAUACAGAAGUCAAACAAGUUGUGGGUCAGAAACAGGAAGCCGUACAAGUUGCACAUAUUUUCAGGCGACUUCUUCUACAAAACAUUCACCGUGCUAUUCCGGCUGAUAGUUUGCAUGGUAUUCAUCACACACUCAAAUGGUGCCAGUGCAAUAAGAAUAGCAAUGUUGAUCAAGAUACUGAUGGACACAGUCAAGACACUUGAGAAGUCAAGUGAGAUGGUGACGAAGAUGGUUGAGUCUGUUGCUGAGGCAGAGCAGAUCAUGGGAUACCUGUAUCUGACUCAGGAGGAUGUGAGUAGGAAGUUCAUUCCAAGGGACUUCUGUGACAAGCUGGAGAUACGAAACAUCAGAUACGCGGUAUCUGGUGGGAAGAAUGUGAUAUUUGAUGGGGCCAAUAUGGUAAUCAGGGCUGGAGAGAAGGCUGCCCUAUUUGGGAAGAAUGGAACUGGUAAAUCCAGCCUAUUCAAAAUUAUUCUAAAUCAGGUGGAAUUUGGUGGAAGCGUAUUGUACGAUGAGAUCAAGAAUGUGGACAUCAGUAGAGUGGCACUGCACUCAUUGACCACCUUCGUGCCACAGAAUACGGUGCUGAUGGAUGGAACAAUACUGUACAACAUACAGAUGCACAAUGACGUAUCAUAUGAGGAAGUGAUUGAGAUAUGUAGAGAGAUGAAUAUUCAUGAUACAAUAUGUAAAUUCCCAGAUGGGUACAACACAGAGGUGGGUGAAGGAGGCAGGUGGCUGAAUGGUGGCCUCAAACAGAAGAUAUUCUAUGCCAGGGCAUUCUUAAGGAAGUCGCCCAUAUUCCUGUUUGAUGAGCCAACAAACAACCUGGAUCACGAGCAUGCGAGCCAGUUCAUAGAAUACAUUCUUGAAUCAGAGAAGCACAAGAACAGCACUAUCAUCGUGAUAUGUCACGAGGCAGAGUACGUUACUCGAUUUCCAUGUCAAUAUAAGUUAGAAAAUAGAAAAGUGAUUAAAGUUAAGUGA